CAACGGUCAUACUAAAAAGGCUCUUGUUGCAUUCGCUUGAUUUUCGGAUUUGUUAUUAUUUAUUAUUUAAUUAAUGCAUAAUGUGUAAAGGAAGUUUAUAGUCGACUGUGUGCCAAUAUGCUUCCCCCGGACAUUUGUCGCACCUGUGGGUUGCAAAAUGGUCAGUUGGUAGCUUUGUCCACCUCCCUAGACAGAGACGCCUCCAAAAGUUACUACGAAGUGCUCCAGGAACUGACGCAAAUCGAUGCACCGCUGGAGAGCUCCGAUGAUAAUCUGCCGCAGCAUCUGUGCGCCGAUUGCUGGACGAGAUUGCAGAAUGCCCAUGCCUUCGUGGAGCAGGCCAAAAGGGUCAGUGGAGAACUCCUAGCUCGGCUGAGGGAAUGUCUGGAUGAAAUGCCCAUCGACAUUCCGCAGGAGGAGCAGAACAUAAAGACCGAGGUGGACCUCGAUGAUGAGGGCACCAAGUGCGAGGAUGUGGAUGUGGAAUCCACUGGACUAGCAACUCUGGAGCUCAAAUGGCAGCCGGAGAGUGGCAGCGAUGAGGAAUUCCUUGAUGCAGCGGAGAGCGUUGAAGAUGAAGUGGACAAGAAGACCUAUCAUCUGCGUCGAAGUUCCCGGAAGGUCAAGCAGCCAGUGGAAAGCGAAGAUGAGGACUUUAAACCACCUGAACCUGAACCAUCGCCCGUCAAGCGGCGGCGAGGACGUCCACCUGGUCCAGCUAGAAGCACAUCGAUGACCACCGAUGGCCGCCACGCGUGCGAGGUGUGCGGAAAGACCUUCUCCUGGUACCGCGACAUGCAGCGCCACGCCAGGAUGCACUUCGAGCAGGCCUCGUUCGUGUGCGACACCUGCGGCAAGGGAUUCCUGCGCAAGGACAAGUACAUGUUCCACCUGCGCUGUCACAAGAAGCGCGAGGCCAAGUGGAAGGCUCUCCAGGUGGGCAAGGAGUGGCGCUUCGCCGAGCGUCUCUACAGCUCCGGCAGGUUGAAGAAAAUCGACUGCAAGCUGUGCGGUUUGAGUUGCCAGCGAAUGGAGGAACUUCGCAGUCACAUUAAGAGUCAUAUAAACGUCGAGAGCUUGGGCAAUUUGAGAAAGGAUAGCGAUGUGGUCAGGGAGCACUUCCCUGGCUUUCCCUGCGACCUGGACACUAUCAAGCAACAGAUCUGCGACGAAAUAGCCGAAGGGCAUUCUGAGAAGUUUGCCUGCAUUGUGAAUUUCCACGGAUAUGAGUUGGAACUCAGUGACUCUGAUGAAGAGUGUGACAGCAAAGAGUCCAAAUAUAAUUGCAUUGCGUGCAAUCUGUUUUUCACUCGGAAAUAUCGCUUGAUUAAGCACACACUGGAGGAGCACUCGCAAUCCAACGCUUCAAACCUUCCCUGGCAGCGCUGCAGUUCCUGUAAAGUGGGUUUCCUGUGCCCGACGCUUUUCAGCCAACACUUGAGCCACCAUUGCCACAGCAAAACAAAGCGAUACCGCUGCCGCAAGUGUCCGGGGAAGUUUAUGUGGCCGGACAACCUGCUAAACCACGCGUGCUCACAUCGCCGCGACGAGGACAAGACGAUACCCAAGCAGAUAUUGUGCUCCCUGUGCGAUGCUGCGCUGCCGAGUCUGCCUCAACUUCGCAUUCACUUGACCACUCACCAGCAUGACUUGAAUGGCAUUAGUCCGGAGUACAAUUCCUCCUUCUUUCGCUCCUUUUAUCCCGAUGGAUUGGACUGCACGGCCUCGGAUCUUGCGGCUCGCAUAGCUGAGGACUUUGAGAUUCAGGAGUUUGAUCGCUACUACAGCGUCUGUACGGAAAGUGGACAAGAGCUGGAUCUUUUUGAUUCCGAAACCGAGCAGAGCGAUGAGGAGACCAACAAGACACACACUUGUCUGCUAUGCGGAGAGGUGGCGACUACACUGACUGUUCUUAUGGAGCACCAAAAGACGCUGCAUGCGGACGGUGCCACCGAUCUUCCCUGUCCCUGCGAAAAUUGUGGAGCCCGAUUUGUCAGCAAGGCAUUGCUGCAACAGCACCGCAGGCAUCGGUGCGCCAAGAAACACUCUCGUUUCCACUGCCAGAGUUGCGGUGUGCGAUUCGUGUGGCAGUCCAACUAUGAGCGCCACCUGAAGUCGCACCACAACAGAAAUGAAGACCAAGAACUGGCCACCAAGUUGCAGUGCGACGAAUGCGAUAAGGUGUUCAUCUGGCACAAGGAUCUAAACCGUCACAAGCGAACCCAUCAACCGCAGUCGGCAGCCCAGUUCGACUGUCCCCAUUGCCAGCGCAGGUUUCACCGCAAGGAUAACCUCAAGUCCCACCUAAAAGUUCAUGCGGGAGAACCGGCUCAAGUAAGGGAGCGGUGUACAGUGCCUUACGCUGCCCAAGGACUACUGACCUUGUCCCGGCUUAGUCGUCCUCAUGGCUGCAAGUUGAUUCAGUGCAUGAUCUGCCUCUCGCGCCACUCGAAGAUCAGUGAUCUGAGGACUCACAUGGGCGCCCAUCAAUACGGAUUAAGUUUCACCGAAGGGAGGGAUAUUCCCAGUGCCUCGAAGGCUUUUUACCCCGAACUAGAAACUGCCUUGGAAAGAAACGAACUUGCCGAGAGGAUUAUGGCUGAUGUGGAAAGGGGAUUCGAGUUGGAUCGAUUUGUUUCCAUCACAAGUGAGGCUGGCCUAGAACUGAGUCUCGACAGCAGUGAAACUGAUACUGAGUCCGAGCAAGAGGAGGAUAAAUCAGCUCGCAGCUAUGCCUGCAAUCUGUGUGCAGCGGUUGUGAGGAGAAAGCAUCAGUUGUAUGCCCACCAGCUGGCCGAGCACAAAUGGGAGGAAGCGUCCCUUGUGUGCUGCCAUUGCCAGGCCAGGUUCGUCAACGAAUCUCUGCUCGAUCAUCACUCCCGGACGCUCUGUCAUAAUGCGCAGAAGUUGUUUCAGUGUCGCAAGUGUCCGCUGCGCUUCCGCUGGCGGGAGAAUCUCAAGAUCCACAUGGAGCUGUUCCAUCAGCAAGCCGAAAUUGCGGCCCCCGAUGAAUCCCCUCAAGCGGAUGGGGAUCUGCAGUGCGGAAAGUGCCAGCGCAGCUUCAAGAUGCAGAAGGAUCUCACGCGUCAUACACUCAUGCACGGCCAGGAGUCGAACAUCUUCCGGUGCCGUUGGUGUGCACGUCGCUUCUAUCGCAGGGCCAAUCUGCUGCAGCAUAUCGCACGGCAUGGCAUAAGUGUAAGCCAAUUGCCCUAUGCUGAGGCCAUCCUGGAGUCGUACGGGAAUCCCGGAGGUCACAAGAAGGUGGAGUGCCGGGUGUGCAGCCUGAGCUUUCCCACAAUCGCGGCGUUGCGCUUGCAUUUGGAAACAAUGCCCACAGGAAGUCACCACGACCUCCACUCACUUCAAAACUACUCGAUUACCAGCCAGUUGGGCUACGAGAUGGAUCUGGAUGAUUCGGAGACUGAUGAUGGUGACGCUAGCAGGCAUACAAAACCACCUUACACCUGUGGCAUGUGCCAACUGAGGUGUUCGCGGAAGUACGAGCUAUAUCAGCACCAGCAGGCCAUGCACCGGCUGGAGAAGAUCCCCGACGGCUGUGACAGGUGCAUCUUCAAGAGCGUCUGUCCGGAAAUCAUUGCCCAUCAUAAGAGGACGCAGUGCGAGAACCGGGAAAAGCAAUUCACCUGCACUCGCUGCGGCUUUAAGUUCAUGUGGGAAUCCAAUCUGUUGCAGCACAUGCAGUUGCAGCAUGAAAAGGUGGAGGAUCAAGAUCUCGAUGAAUCCAAGGAGGCGUCUGGCGAUGAACCAAAAGCCGAGUGCCAGGUCUUCAAGUGCGGCCUUUGUACGAGGAAAUACAACCGCAAGGAUCGGCUCACGGCGCACUUGAAGAAGUUCCAUGGUCCCGAUGGCCAGGGCCCCGGUCAAGCGAAGGUCUCGAAUAGAUCCACAUCGCCCAAGGAACCGAAGCGCUUCCUGUGUGCCUUUUGCGGCAAGGCGGUCAGUUCGUCGUCCAAUCUGAUCAUCCACAUGCGCCGCCACACCGGGGAGAAGCCCUUCAAGUGCGAUUAUUGCCCCAUGGCCUUCCCCCGAUCCUCUGACCUCCAGUGCCACCGUCGGACGCACACCGGCGAACGUCCGCAUGUGUGCACCGUCUGCCAGAAGGGAUUCGCCCGCUCGUACAAGCUGCAGCAGCACAUGCGCAUCCACAGCGGGGAGCGUCCCUACAAGUGCACCUAUUGCGAGAAGAGCUUCACGCAGUCCAACGACCUGACUCUCCACAUCCGCCGGCACACAGGCGAGCGGCCCUACCAGUGCGGCGUCUGCGGGGAGCGUUUUAUCCAGGGCACCGCCCUCAAGAACCAUCGGAUGCAGCAGGGCCACUACGAGGAUGGCCAGGAGUUGGGCGAGCCCACGAGGCGCACGGUUCUGGAGCAGUUUAGUGUGUAAAAUAAGGAAUAAAAUAACUCCCUAUUGUAAUCGUAAAAUUGAAACAAAUUUAUUUUUAAUUUCUUUGAUAUAAACGAAAUUUAAAUAUUUAAGUAUAUUGUUUCAUUAUAUAAUAGCAUUUCAGGUUUAAGGAAGCGUUAAAAUGUAUUUUUGAAAUGUUUAAGUUUAAACAAUUAAAUCAAUGUCAUGAUUCAUAUAGAUGAAUAUAAGUAGAUAAGUAAUUCGCUAUUUAUAACUAUUCACUGUCAUGCGUCAUAUAGAAGAAUGAAUCUAAAUGAAUGUAAGUAACUUUUUCGCUACCUAUAACUAUUCACUGCCAUGCUUCAUAUUGAUGUAUGGGUAUAAAUGAGUGUAAGUAACUAUUUAUAAAGUAGCGAAAUAGGGAAAUAGUUACUUACUUUGCAGCGUCUUUCCAAGGGGAGAAGUACUUUCGAUGAAGCCACAUACCAUUUUAUUGGCAAUUCUGAUUGUCGCACUUUUGAACAGAACUUUCGGAAAUGAUCAGAGUCAGAUGUUCGGCUGGCCAAAAGAAGGCGAUGUUAUAUACAAAAUAGAGGUAAAGGAAGAAUGGAGGUUCCUGCAAGUUCUUAUGCAUAAUGUAACAUUAAGGUUUAAAAACCUGGUCAAUUGUGUUAAAUUGUAUGAUAGGUUACAAAAUGACGUUGAGGUCACGAUCAGUAAAGAACCCCCUUUUCAUGAAUCAACCCUCACUUUUACUUCGCAAUCUAGUCGAGGUAUACAUUUUGACAUGGAUGUCUACCAUGAGAACAAAUUCAAAGAAGAAUAAAUUAAAGAAAGAAACUAAAUAAAAGCAGAGCUGUAUAAAAAUUGUAUGUGUGCAGACAAAAA